AUGAAAGGCAUGAGAGAGGACCAUGAAGGUAUCUUCGUAGACAGCACGCGUAGAAAUCAUUUCUGUCUAUUUUCAACCAAGUGGGAGAAACGUGGGAGGCGCGCAAGAGCGAGCAAAAAAUAGGGACGGGUAGAGAAAUAAAACGGCGGCCGCUGAGCUUCUGUCCCAGGAAUAGACAACCUAAUAUAUUAUGCCCAACAAAUGUCCGCCCAGGAGAGGAAUGGGCACACCUGGAAUUGACUAAGCCUCAAGUCUCAAAGAGAAUAUAAUUGUAACGAAAGCUUGUUUUUGCAGAGCCUUCUAUAGAAAUUGACAACAACCAAACAACAAAGUCUUAUCACGACGAGCAGCUUGUUUCAGAAACGUCCCUUAGUAGUGAUUGUGAAAUGAAUGCUGAAGCUGCAUCAGGAAAUCCGACUAAGAUAUCCACGAAUACAGACUCUCAGUCUCAUAAUAGCCGUAAGCGUAAAAUGUCAGAAUUCUCUUGUAAUCCAGGUAUGCAAAAAUAUGAGUUGUUUCUCUUGCUAUAGACCUUGUCACGGUUUUCGACGCCAUCUUAACGAGUAGGCAAAAAACGUGGGAGAAAUUACAGUGUUUUUAUGAGAAUCCAGUGUCGAUUAAAUUCCUUUAAACGGCUGUUCUGAAAAAAAUUUCAAUUGUAAACUUAAGCUACAAAGCAAAGGAUUGUCCUAAAAUUUUUUGGAGUGUACCUAUGCUUAAAUUUCUCCAGAGGCUUGCUUUAGAUGUUCCAUAUAUUUGUCCUACAGACAAACCAUCCACAAGCAUCUGUUAGAAGGCAUUCCCUUCACAACUCAAUAAAUACAGUACCACAAGUGAAGAGUAAAACAAUAUGUUUUUCGUCUCUCACCCAUAUUUUCGACCGUGUUAAACGGUCGUGUUAAAUGGUCGUGUUAAAUGGUGUUAAAUGGUUCUAGGUCUUCUUGCGCAUGUAACGCCCUCAAUUUUUUUUCAGUAGCAUCCUCAGGAGUGAAGCUUUAGUUUACAAUUCAUAUUUUUUUCAGAACAGCCGUUCUACGGAAAUUAUUCCACAUUAUAUUCUCAUACAAACACUGUCAUUUCUCACGCGCUUGCCAACUUUUUUUAAACAGUUUUUAUUGAAUUUAAGACACGUUUUACAAUGUUAUUUGCCUACUCGUCAAGAGAUGGCGUCGAAAACCGUGACAGGGUCUAUUGCUCACAAAUACACUACUAUAUUUAAAGGGGGGAAGUGAUUGUUCGAUUACUCAAAGGUGCUUUUUCCUACAGGACUUGUUACCGUUUACGCUCGUACUGUAGAAGUGUGUUAUUGAUAAUACUAAAACUUAUUCGUGCCGAUAUCAAUAGUCUCUUGACAGUCGCCAUUUUCAUCAGCGGUUAUAAAAAAAAGAAUUUGAAUAAAUGAUAUGUGAAUAAUAAUUAAUAUAUAAAAAAUUAAGAUGUAUCGAACACUUAAAUCAUAUAAAUUACUUUGGGUACUUAAACUGUGCAAACGGCAUAAAACCUACUAAAAACGAGUAAAAAAUUACAUCAAAUUACAUGCAUCGUAAGAGCUUUCUGGAAUGAAAUGUCUUGAGUGCCUUCUUAAAAAUGACAACUGAGGGGCUUCUCCAUAUCGCAAAAAGAAACAAAUUCCAAAGUUUGGGUGCAGCAAAAGCAAAAGAGCGAUCUCCUAUUGUGGUUUGAGUCCUGUCUCCACCAUACCAGUAAAACGUAUCUUAGUGGCAAAUAUUUUCAAAAGUAUGUGCGAACAGGUUCUGCAAUAUCUUUCGUCGAAUUGCUAUAAAUGUUAACGUUCUAUUGAUAUUCAAGUAUGCAGCUAAUAUUGUGAAUCUGUGAUAACGCCUUAACCAAGUUGCCUUGUGGGGGCUUGGAUGAGGUUUUUAAACCUCUUUGCUAUGGUUGAGGCUCCUGAGUAGACAUCCAGUAAUGAAGAUUACCUUGACGAGAGCCGUCUCUUAAAUACAGGUACUUCAAGUGAGGAUAGCGGAAUCAUUUUUAAAGACGUUUAUGCUCUCCAAGAUAGGUAGUCAUGAAGGUGCAUCUUCUCUGGGGAAGGAAAUUCACAUAACAGUAAACAUUAUAUUAACAACGUACAAUUGUUUAAGUAGGGAAAGAAAUAGGUGUUAAUUUAUUGUGCGUACUGAAUCUUUUGUUAUAGCUUAAAAAACGUGUAACUUUGCCGUUAUUGAUUUUCAGACUCUGUUCUUACUUCUGCCUUUAUCGAAGUUAUAGUUUCUUCAAAUGCCCAAGAUUUAACAGUUGAACAGCAAAGAACGAUAACUAAAGAAUUAGAGCAGUUGGUUCAUAAGUACCGAAGACACCAAGAUCUUUCGUCAUUGCCAUUUGAUAGUAGUGUAGCCCGCCUUACUAAGUAUAUCGAAAAGGCUUAUGAAGUGGCCGUAAUGAUGGUAAAAACAGGAUCUUUGAUAAUAACUGUGCAGUGCCCUACUCCGGAGAGUCUUGAAAGUCUGUGGAAUGGUUACUGUUCUGGUUACCUUAAUGACGUUGUUGAGAGUUUCCUGGUGACUGAUGAACUGAAGAGAAAACUGGAGUUGGACAAUGUCAGGUUGAAGACAACUAUAGAAGAAGAAAACUACUUAAUUUGUAAGAAGGCGUUCAUGGAAAACUCAGGUUAGUUGGAAUGUCUCGAUAGAGCCUGUUUUGGGGAACAUGUAUUUUGGCUUGUCAGAUGUGCCAAAAACAAUUGGAUAGUAACUGGGUGAAAUUGUUGGCUAGAACUUUUUUUACUCGCGGUUGUAGGUUUGAUAGGGCAAUAACCCAGCUAAAUGUUACCGCCUUGGCUGUUUACAAUAACAAUUACGUAGGUACUGAGAUUUUUUCUACCAGGCCCUUGGAAUGUCGUGCACUACUUUACUAAUAAAUAAAGGAGGCAUUCAGAGACUAAUGGAGGUCAACAACGAUCAGUACACCUCCCUAGUUGGAAGGAUUAGGCUGCGUGCAAACGGACGCAACAUUGUUGUCCACCAACUCCCAACAUUGUUGGAUGUUACAUGUUGCGUCCGUUUGCACACCCUGUUGUAUGUUCUUGGAUGUUGUUGCGUGUUGUUGCGCAAAGUUUGAAACCGGUCAAACUUUUCAGCCGACAACUCCCAACAUUUCUUUUGUUCCGUGAUCGCCGAAGCGUACGGCAACACUGUUGGAUCCAUUUGCACAGCUCUUCCAACAUUGUUUGGGCCACCCACGCUCAUUACGCAUGGUUUACAAAGACUUAUGGGUUGUAUCCUUCCCACGAUGCACUGUAGGUCCCAACAAUGUUGGGAGUUGUUGCAUCCGUUUGCACACCACUGCCAACACGGACGCAACAACUCCCAACAUUGUUGGCGCAACAAUGUUGGGAGUUAUUGCGUCCGUUUGCAUGCAGCCUUAGGAUUGCAGUGGAGGGAGCAUCUUCUCAAAGUAAUCGUCACUCGUGUUCUUGUUCCUGUUUCAUCUGAGUCAGCUGCACAGCUUAUGUGGCGUGCAUAACGGCCUUUCUUCCCACAGCUACAGCACUUUAGAAAGUAGAAAUUUAAAUAUAAAGAAUGAAUAGAAAGAGCCGUCUUGUUAUUUAUACCUGAGACAAAUUGGAAUUGCCAUCUGCUUGCGAUCGUGUAUUAAACGAUCAAUAAAGCAUUCCCCGAGGGUGUCCGCUUGAGUUCUACAGGCAGUUACAACUGGUAUCUUGUUUUUGACAUUUUUUUUUGCUAGGAGUAGCAAGUAUCACCGAAACUUCAUUUCAAACAGUUGAUUUAGGUCAGGUAGAAGAUACAAGGUGGAGUGAAGCGAGCUCAGAUGUUGAGAAAGUAAGAUUUUCUUUAGGAACUGGUGAAACGGGGAGAUAUUAUUAGGCAGUUAUGUAAUUAGAAUUAUAUGUGGGGUUUGCAUCUUGUAAUUUAUGAUAGUAAACUGAAGUGCAAUUUUAGUUAUUACUGAUAAAUAACAAAUGGGAGAAUACGAAGGGUCGCCAGUUAGUUUUUAAUUGGCUGGGAUUGUACCAAGCGAAUACCAGAAGUGACACAAUACAGUUUUUAUUUAUUUAUUUGUAUAUUUAUUUAUCUAUUGUCAUCCCAGGACAAGAUCAGGUCCGGACACCUAUGGCCAGACUAUUACGAUACAUAGUGUAGUGUGCGUUGUUGUGUAAUCAAACAAUGAAAACACAAGUGCGAUGUUGUUAAUGACUUGUAGAUAAAUAAAACUCAGCAGAGUGAUACUGUGGGAUCUGACGGGCUGCAUUCAAUGGCUAUAAUUUAUUCAUUCUUUCGUGAAACAGGAAAAGACGGGUCGCAAGAUUCUCGUGCGCCCGCGUAAUUCGCUUGCUCUUACUAGUUUAUCUUGAGAGAGCCUGAAGGGAGCACUCCCAGUCAGUUUGAAGACUAUUUCAACGUUUUCAAAAUUAAGGCACAAUCUGGCUAUAUCGAAAGGUUGUUGGCAUAUUUUUAACGCUGCCAAAGUUAUGAUGUCAUGAGAUAAUAAGCUAUGCAAUUAUUUUCGUUGUGUGCAGCGUAGUGUAUAUGCCACUCGCUACUGGUUUUUGUUUCAUAAAAAUUUCAAAAGCUAUACCGUAUACUCAAUGGUACAUCAAGUCACGUUCUACCAGCCAAAUGAAACUAGUUUUUUAUUACAUCCUGCAGAUCGUCCCGUUGCCGCGUCCCGAUCGGAGACCUUCUGAUUCUGGCUCAGAAUCAACAACAGAGAGCGAGGAAGAAAGCGAGGUAAGUUUAGAACGUUUGGGAAGGUUGUGCUGUUGUAAACUAUGCAACUGUUACCCUAUGUCUGUUAAAAAGAGUGUGCUCCUAGAUUCGCUCGUAUUAAGUGGAACUAUUAUUAUAUCUUAAGUAUCUCUAAUGCCGUCACUGGAAACCUCUUGUCGGUAAAAUUUGGUGACAAUAAUUUAACUCUUGCAUAAGGAAUAAUUAAUAUGCUUUUGAUAAUUAAAUUGUUUAAGGCCGCGAUCUAUUAAUAAAUUCAUGAGGCAAAAUUUUGCCUGUGCAACAUCUUUUAAAACGCUUAUAUCUCGACUGUUUAGCAGUGAUUUAGACAAAACUUUACACAGAAAUUGUCGAAUGAUGGAAGUUUAGGGUGGUUGUUUUUCAUUUGGUAGAUCGCGCCUUACGGCAAUACCUCAAGCUACAGUUGCACCAAAUUGGGAAAUCCUGCUUUUGUGUCCAAGUUUGUGGAAAGAAUAGAAGAUAGGACUCUGAGGCUGCGUGCAAACGGACGCAACAUUGUUGACCAAGAACUCCCAGCAUUGUUGGAUGUUACAUGUUGCGUCCGUUUGCCCACCCUGUUGCAUGUUGUUGGAUGUUGUUGCGUGUUGUUGCGCAAAGUUUGAAACGGGUCAAACUUUUCAGCCAAUAACUCCCAACAUUUCUUUUGUUCCGUGAUCGCCGAAGAGUAGCGCAACAAUGUUGAAUCCGUUUGCACAGUUCUUCCAACAUUGUUGGGGCAACGCACGCUCAUUACGCAUGCUUCACAAAGACUUAUGGGUUGUAUCCUUCCCACGAUGCACUGCAGGUCCCAAACUUGUCUGGAGUUGUUGCAUCCGUUUGCACACCACGGACGCAACAACUCCCAACAUUGUUUGCGUAACACUGUUGAGAGUUGUUGCGUCCGUUUGCAUGCAUCCUGAGAUUUUAUUGAUAAAUGAUCAGUCAAACCCUCUAGUGUGUCAUGUAUAGAGCUGAUUUUACAAUUUAAAGAUUGCCAGCAAGUUAUUAUCGUUUAAAUGAGCAAAAUCUGUCAUCCCUGAAAUUACCACCGUUUUCGUUGAUACGCGACUUUCGAAAACAAAACGCCCGCGGAAACGUUUCCAAAAUUUCCGUCAAUCAUGCAUGUUAUCGACAGAUCGGAUCGAAAUCUACCAAUCACAACCACUAGUGUGACCUUCUGACCUUCUUUACGUCAUGCUAGCGGGCUGUGAUUGGUGGAUUUUGAUUCGAUCUGUCGAUAACAUGCAUGAUUGACGGAAAUUUUGGAAACCUUUCCGCGGGUGUUUUGUUUUCGAAAGUCGCGUAUCAACGAAAACGGUGGUAACGCCUUAUAUCUCUUUAUAAAGCGCUCUUUUCGAAUUCCGCUCUAUACAUUUUUUUAAAAUCAUUAUUGAAUGACUGAUUACAAACUACUUACACAACAUGUACAUUGCCACAACUAUAUCAAUAAAGAACUACUGCAGAUAUAUAAAAGACACUACCUACAUAUAAUACUAAUGCAAUACAACACAAUUUAGGUACCACUACUGCUAUUAUAAAAAUAAGAACAAGAUGUAUUUUAAUUCUCAGUACACGGCAGUAUAACUGAAAUCUUUCCCAUUUACAUUCCUAGUCGGCUAAGAAUGUGUCAUUUGAUUUUAUAAGUUUCUUUUCUAACUGGUGAACAUAACUGACUUUAUUUAAAACAAGACGCUAUGGGAGCUCACACUUCGGCAUCGUGGUUGUGCAUUAAUUGUGAAUUCGGAGGAACAAUAAGAAAUCGGAUAUUUUUCCGGAUACCCUUUCAUACAAAUACCCUUACUUUUCUCCUUUUGAGUAAUAGACGUCUUAACUUCUUCACCGAAAGUCUGCUAGGUGCAUGACCGCGUGGCUGUAACCCAAUUCGAUUAUAAUUACUGUCAUAAAUAUCUCAGUUCCACUUCCUUUAUUUCCUCUGCAACAACACUUUCCUUGUGUACAGUUAACUCCACACGUUCACCAGCAACGUAACUAACUAACAUCAGUACACUCCCUUACAAAACUUGCUGAAAAUGCACAUUUUUCAGAUCACGAGGACUCGAGGGCGAAGAAGGCGUCCCAGAGUUCUUCACAGUUCAACUGUUUCAGGAUCAGUGAGAAAGAGAAAGGGAAAAAGAGGGGUGAGUCAAGACUGUUAUUUAUGCCAUUGUUGCAAAGCGAAUUUCGCUGAAGCUUAAGCAAAGUUUAGCCUAGUCACUAGUCACUUGGGAAAACUUAUUGGAAACAGGCUUUUUUUCUUUGGAAAGAUGAUCGUAAGAAUUACAGGGUGUUUGUAUCAUGCCCGGAGCAGCCAUCAGUCCUUGAGAACAUCCUCCUUUUACAUUACAGCUAUUUCGAAGGAAAAGGCCAGAGCAUUUUGUGUUUCCUUUUCAUUGAUGUUAUUUGUCUUAUUGUUGUGUUCUAAAAUUUCCUUUUAAUUAUAAAUUGUUGCUGUUUUCGAACUGUUUUAUGACAAGUUUGGAAUUAAGGCUCCUUAUGCGUUUCUGGGAAACCUCCCACGAAAUUACAAAAUGCUGCACUAAGACGUUGUCUUAUUGAGAUCACCUAUUUUUACCACAAUAUCAAACAUUAUAACAACAUUAUACAAAAUUAGGGCGAAGCAUUUUCAACAUUUUAAAACAAUAGGAUACUUUUCAGUUUGGAAGUAAGGUUGUUUUUACCUAGAAACGGAGCGAUUUCUUCCUUUUAUUGGUGAUAAAUCUCGUAGAAGUGAUUGGAAUUGACGGUCUGGCUACAGACGAGAAUUUGAGCAAUUUGGUUCACUCUUGCUCAGAUGUCGAGAGCCAAAGGAGAUGUCAGCACUUGACAAAUGCUUUGGGGGGUAUGCGUACUCUUGGAAUUGACUGAGACAUUAUAAUGACGAUGCAACCGUCUCGCACAACAAUGAAAACUGCAACUGCCUGCGAGCAAGCUCUCCAUUUAAGGGAUAUCGAGGAAACUUACUCGGGAGUGGCACGCGGAAGGAGAAGCGGGAGAAGCAAGGUGCGGGGAAAAGAAGAGAGAGCUCACUCGCGCGUUCGCUUGCCACUCGAAAUGGACAGGUUCCUACCAGGCAAAACAUUUCUUGGUGGUCGUGCUCGUUCACUAUUCGGUGAGCCAGCCAGUAUACGUCAGGAAUUCCGAGGGAAAAUUGGAGCUAUUUACAUACUAAGAAACGUCCGUUAUGGCUUUACCUCUAGUUUUUUACACAUUUUAACCAACCCUUAACAAUGACCGUAAAUGGUCUAAUAAAGCCCGGAAGUCUAUUUAAUUUUAGGGGUCCAAGCGGGGGCAUUUAAUGGAUAGGAGGCGUUUAUUCAUUUAUCUGUUACAAGCUCAACAAAACUGUUAUGCUUUCAGCGAAGAUAUCAAGAGAGUUUAAUAAUAAUCCACUCCAUCAAUUGAUACAUCUAGGCCAUCUAAAGAUCCCAUAUCUUUCUUUCAAAUCCCAACAUCGAUGGCAGAAUCCUUGCUCAGGGUUAUUCUGGUGCCAUGCUUAGUCUGUCCUUACUAUGAACUUGACAUUGAGCAUUAUGAAAUACGCAAAGAAUGAUUUUGCUCUUUUUUGCUAAUUUCUAGUAUUUUGCAUUAACCAUGUUAACUUCUCAUAGGGGGCGUUUAUUAGACAGUUGUCGUUUUUUAGAGAGGGGCGUCUAACACAAUUUUAACAGCAUGGAGGGGGUGUUCAUUAGAUAAGAGGCGGAUAUCAACGUUGCGGCACUCACACGUCCCUGACACAAAGAAUCCUCACGUACGCGUAAUACAACGAUGCCCAAGUGUACGUGGCCUACAUAACAGGCGCGUUAUGAGUCAAGUGAGGCGAACGCAGCAUUUUGCGCGAGGCGCGAGACCAGGGGAAAAGAAAAACUUAGGCACCUGUAACCAGUCCAUUGUUCUGGCGCUGCCGCCCACCUACGCCCACAAAUAUUGACUGACGUCGGUAAUCUCAAAAGGAUCAAUCAAAACACGAUCCAUUACUCGAAAAAUUGUCUCCUUUCUGGCUGUCAGAAACAUCGACAGCAGCAUAAUCCGCAGGAAAUAGGGUAUGAAUCACCUUCAAUAAUGUAAGACUUAGUGCGGCAAAAAUAAGAUUUGCUCAGUCAAAGUUUAGUUUAUGUUUUAACACAGCAACGAGAAGGAAAAGAGGGAAAACCUAUUGUUUAAACAAAUUCCAAAAUGAUAGUUGUUUUUUUUUUUCAAAACACAAUCUUUGUGGCAUCAGUACGUUAAAUGAAAAUUUAUAGUCGGAGUGGGUGCAUUUUAUUUCUUAACGAGAACAUGCCAUUGGAGAAAGCUAAAAUUGCUGUAGCGGUGGUUUUUCACAGCCUUCAUCAAAGCACCAUUCAUUUUUCACUCACGGAAGUGUUCUUAGUUUCAUUACUGAAUCAUUAACUUAAUGUGGGGAGAAAGGUGAGAUUUUCUCCCAAUAUACGACAUUCAACUCCACAAAACAGGCUGCAAAUGUUGGUAGUGAAAGUAAACAAUUCGCAAAAAUGCCUGUGUGGGACAUUUUAAGACCCUAUGUUGAUGCAUGCGCAAACACAUUACCCUCCUGUUGUUCCAGAAUGCAUAAUCUUCUCGAUAACACAUUUCAUGAAAGAUUUCGACCGAAAAAAUUUUCCAUCCCUUACAGUGGCAAUAAAAACAACACUGCAACUAAGAAACAAGCUGCCAUUUCUUCUUUCAUCUCGCGGAUAUUUAUCUCACAUUGUUUGGCGGGCAUUUCGCCUUUUAGCCACGCGAGUUUUUGCUCUGCGCAGGGGCAGAAAUUUGUCGCCUGUAAAGCACUGGGUAACAUCAAGUCACGUUGUACCAACAAAACGCAAUUAGUAUCUGACACCCUUUUCACAUGACCCCACGUCUGUUAUGUUGGAGUUCAGCUCUUUUCCUAUGCAAUCGCUUCGUUUUGUUUCAGUAUAUUUGCAUAACUGCAAGCCACGUUAGUAAAAGCGCUCUAUUUACUACACACUGCAGAUCGUCUGCUCGACGCUUUCUGAGCGAAUUAAUAAUAAUAAUGAUAAUAAUAAUAAUAACAUAUUUAACCAGGGUCAACCCGUCAGCGGAAGCUGUUAUAAAUGGGUGCCCUGGGCAACUAAGAAAUAAACAGUUUAAGGAAAAAAUGACUAUAACUGCUAAACUAUCAGAAAAAUGUAAAAACCAUGUACAAUGUCGAUGAAUAAAAACUAAGAAUUAUUUAACUACGUAAUUAAGACUCUAAAAAACUCCAAAAUAUUUACAGAGAAGAAGGUCUUUCAGCGCUCGCUACAGUUCAGCGGACUCUGGUUCAGAAUCAAUGUCAGAGAUGGAGAGAGAAAGCAAG